AUGCCACUCUAUGCCAAGUUCUUAAAGGAGCUUAUAACCAAAAGGAGGAACUGUGAGGCAAAAGAAACCAUAGUAUUGACUGAGGAAUGCAGCGCCAUCAUACAGAAGAAGUUGCCUCAAAAGCUAAAAGUCCCAGGGAGUUUUCAAAUCCCCUUCAUCAUAGGGGAUAUCACUAUUGAGAAAGCUUUGUGUGAUUUGGGAGCUAGCAUAAAUCUUAUGUCCCUAACCAUGAUGAGAAUGGUGAAGACUGAGGAAGCUAAGCCAACAAGAAUGGCACUCCAAUCGGCUGACAGAACAUUGAAAUUUCCACAUGGGGUUGUGGAAGACUUGCUAGUGAAAGUAGGAGAAUUCAUUUUCCCUGCUGAUUUCGUUGUGCUGGACAUGGAAGAAGAAGCCAACACGUCAAUUAUCCUAAGAAGACCAUUUCUAGCUACUGCUGGAGCCAUCAUUGAUGUGCAGAAAGGAGAACUAGUCUUGAGAUUGCAUGAAGAAAAAAUGGUCUUCAACGUCUUUAAAGCAAUGAGUUACCCCAAAGAAUUCAUAGGAGAAUGCAUGCUGGUAGACACCACAAAACAGAUAGUUCAAGAAGUCAUGGAAGAAGAACAAUGUGGAGAAAAUAUUGAACUGGAACAAGCACCAGAUGGAGAACUACCACAAGCAACCAUGAGGAACUCAAUCAUGCCAACUAUCACAGACAACAAAGAUGCAGAGUCACCAAAAUUAGAGCUGAAAGAUUUACCACCCAGCUUGAAAUAUGCAUAUCUGGGUGCUAACAACACUCACCUAGUAAUCAUAAAUUCAAGUCUGAAUAAGGAACAAGAAGAGGAACUUAUCCAAGUGUUGAGACAACACAAGGAUGCCAUAGAUUGGACACUUACAGAUUUAAAGGGGAUCAGUCCUUCAAUGUGCAUGCAUAAAAUCUUACUUGAAGAGGAUGCCAAACCCUCAGGAUAG